GCAGUUCAGUUUGUUCACUUUAGCUCAAAAAUGAAUCUGACUGCACAGAGACACAGUAUCGCUCUCAGUGAUGGGAACCGUAUUCCACUGCUGGGACUGGGCACCUAUGGGAACCCUCAAACGACACCCAAAGGAACAGCAUUUGAGUGUGUAAAGCUGGCCAUAGAUGUGGGUUACAGGCACUUCGAUGGGGCACUGGUGUAUUUCAAUGAGCACGAAGUAGGUCAAGCCAUUAGAGAGAAGAUUGCUGAUGGAACUGUUAAAAGAGAAGACAUCUUUUACUGCGGAAAGCUCUGGAAUACCUUCCACCCACCAGAGUUGGUGAGACCGACUUUGGAGAAGACUCUGAAAGCCUUAAAACUGGACUAUGUGGACCUCUACAUCAUUGAGCUUCCUAUGGCCUUCAAGCCUGGAAAUGAGUUCUAUCCAAAAGACCGGGAUGGAAAAUACAUCUACCACCACACAGACCUCUGUGCAACAUGGGAGGCUUUAGAGGCUUGCAAAGACGCAGGACUUGUUAAGUCUCUGGGAGUCUCCAACUUCAACUGCAGACAGCUGGAGCUGCUGCUGAAUAAACCUGGCCUCAAACACAAGCCUGUGUCCAACCAGGUUGAGUGCCAUCCAUACUUCACACAACCUAAGCUUCUGGACUACUGUCGUCAGAAUGACAUUGUGAUUGUUGGCUACUGCCCAAUUGGCUCCUCCAGAGACGCAUCCUGGGUGAAUGUGAAAUGUCCUCCCCUGCUGGAGGAUGAGCUGCUUGUGUCCAUUGGGAAAAAGUACAACAAGAGUAGUGCCCAGGUGGCUUUGCGCUUCAAUGUCCAGAGAGGAGUUGUGGUGAUUCCCAAGAGCUUCAGUCCUGAGAGGAUCAAACACAACUUCCAGAUAUUUGACUUUUCACUCACUGAGGAAGAAAUGAAAGCCAUUGAAGCACUGAACAAAAAUAUUCGUUUUGUGGAGCUGCUGAUGUGGAGUGACCAUCCAGAGUACCCAUUUCAUGAUGAUUAUUAAACUUUACAGAUAUAUAAUAAGAACAGAAGAUAGGCUUAUACUCUGCAUAUUCUUCCCUCUUGAAGGUUUGAACUGGUAUUUUUUCACACUAAACACUAGAGGGCUCUAGCUCACAGAGAAUGAAAAAGACAAAAGCAAAAAUAAAUAAAUAAAAAGGUUUUCAAGGAUAACACACAGCUCUGAUGUGAAAUGGCAAACUAUAUUUCAUAUGUGUAAUAUUGAAAGGGAGUUGUUUAAAAUGAUGCAAUUACGUAACUGCUGCUAUGCACAAGUUUCAUUUGAAAAUAAGACCAUUUGAAUUGAAUGUGGCAAAAUAAAUCAUAUCUAGAAGAAUACAUUUUGAUUAUUACUUCUCUGGUUUUCUGAAAUAGACACAUUAUAUACACAUUUCUACACAUUCAAAUUUUCAGAUAUAUCAGCUACUAAUGACCUCUAUACUGUAUUUCAGCCAAGAAGUGUCUGAUCCCCUAAUGUAUAAAUACAUCAUAUACGCACACACACACACAUAUAUGUGUGUGUAUAUAUAUAUAUAUGAUAUUAAA